AGUUGGCAUCAGUGUCAUUUCUCUUAGCGCGAGACGAGGAGAACAGUAGGGAGGUGAGAAAAACGCACGAGCUGUUCACCUGCUAAAACACCAAGCGGAAAUAUAUUUGAAAUAGGAAGUAUGAAAACUUUCAUCUGACACCAUCAUUAUCCGGUAAGAUCACAAUGCUGACUCUUCCGUUUGAGGAUCCUGUCAUAAUGGACACUCAAUUCGGGGCAAACUUUCCAAGGGACUGCGUGGGUGAAAUGAAGGUCACUAAACAAGAGCCGUUUAAAAAGGAGAAGACGCUCUCCCACACGAUGGAGGAUGAGGAUUCGGAGAAGGAUUCGGAUGAACGGGAGGACGGACAGGACGAGAACGGUCUGCCUCGGAGGAGAGGGCCUCGGAAAAAGAAAAUGACCAAAGCUAGGGUGGACCGGGUCAAGGUGAGGCGCAUGGAGGCAAACACCAGGGAGAGGAACCGAAUGCACGGUCUGAACAACGCCCUGGACAGCCUGCGCAAGGUGGUGCCCUGCUACUCCAAAACCCAGAAACUGUCGAAAAUCGAAACCCUGCGGCUGGCCAAGAACUACAUCUGGGCGCUUUCCGAGAUCCUGAGCAACGGGAAGAGGCCUGACCUCUUGACCUUCGUUCAGACCCUGUGCAAAGGGCUAUCGCAGCCCACCACCAACUUAGUGGCCGGAUGCCUGCAGCUGAACUCAAGGAACUUCAUCACAGAUCAGAUCAACAGCGAGGCGUCUUUCUCCGGCAGGUCACCAUAUGAAUCCGUGUACACCACCUACCACAGUCCGGGUGUGGUGACGCCCUCUGGACCCUCGGUAGAUGCGGUCAAACCCUUCAGGCCGUUCAACUACUGCAGCUCCUAUGAGUCUUUCUACGAGAGUGUCUCGCCGGAAUGCGGAAGCCCUCAGUUCGACGGUCCCUUAAGCCCUCCUAUGAACUUUAACGGGAUCUUUUCCCUAAAGCACGAAGAGCCGGUCGAAUAUGGCAAGAGCUGCCACUACAGCACGCGCUACUGCGCCGUGCCGCCGCGCUCCUCCAUCAGCCAGAGCGCGAGAGGCUCCUCGGAUCUCCAUUUCCCAUAUGACAUUCACCUCCGCGGCCAGUUUUACCCCGUGCAAGAAGAAUUAAACACUUUUCAUAAUUAAUGAGAGAAAGUCAAACGUGAGUGAAAAGAACCGAAAAAGCAGGACUGAAAAUCGCACAUGUAUUAUUUAUAAACUCCAUCUCUGAUUUGGGCUUUAUGGCAUCGGAUUUUUCAUUAUUUAUCCUUUUUAAUUAAAUGGAAAAUGUGCUUACAGUGUUCCUAAUUACUGUUUGAAUUGAUUUUAAACUGUUCG